GCCCAAGUGACUCACUGGGGUGGGAAGGCGUUCGGGGCCCGCCCUGGACACCCGAAGGCGGCGCAGACCAGGAUGGCUGCCCAAGUGACCCUCGAGGAUGCGCUGUCCAAUGUGGACCUCCUGGAGGAGCUGCCUCUGCCUGACCAGCAGCCCUGCAUUGAGCCUCCACCGUCCUCACUGCUAUAUCAGCCAAAUUUCAACACCAACUUUGAAGACAGAAAUGCAUUUGUCACUGGCAUUGCAAGAUACAUCGAACAAGCAACUGUCCACUCCAGUAUGAACGAGAUGCUAGAGGAAGGCCAAGAGUAUGCUGUUAUGCUGUAUACGUGGAGGAGCUGCUCCCGUGCCAUCCCACAGGUGAAGUGCAACGAGCAGCCUAAUAGAGUUGAAAUUUAUGAGAAGACUGUGGAAGUCCUUGAACCCGAGGUCACAAAACUGAUGAAUUUUAUGUACUUUCAGAGAAAUGCCAUUGAGCGUUUCUGUGGGGAAGUGAGACGCUUGUGUCAUGCUGAGAGGAGAAAGGACUUUGUGUCUGAAGCCUAUCUGAUCACCUUGGGCAAGUUUAUCAACAUGUUUGCUGUGUUGGAUGAGCUGAAGAACAUGAAGUGCAGUGUGAAGAAUGACCACUCAGCAUAUAAGAGGGCUGCUCAGUUUUUGCGUAAAAUGGCAGAUCCACAGUCCAUCCAAGAGUCACAGAAUUUGUCUAUGUUCCUGGCCAACCACAACAAGAUCACACAAUCUCUGCAGCAGCAGCUUGAGGUCAUUUCUGGCUAUGAAGAGCUCCUGGCAGACAUCGUGAAUCUGUGUGUGGAUUACUAUGAGAACAGAAUGUACUUGACGCCCAGUGAAAAACACAUGCUUCUUAAAGUCAUGGGAUUUGGUCUGUAUUUGAUGGAUGGGAGUGUCAGUAACAUCUACAAACUAGAUGCCAAGAAAAGAAUAAAUUUAUCCAAAAUAGACAAAUAUUUCAAGCAGCUGCAAGUGGUUCCACUCUUUGGAGAUAUGCAGAUAGAGCUGGCGAGAUACAUCAAGACCAGCGCUCACUAUGAGGAGAAUAAGUCCCGGUGGACCUGCACAUCCUCAAGCAGCAGCCCACAGUACAACAUCUGUGAGCAGAUGAUCCAGAUCCGUGAAGACCAUAUGCGCUUCAUCUCCGAACUGGCACGCUACAGCAACAGCGAGGUAGUCACAGGGUCUGGCCGCCAGGAAGCCCAGAAGACAGAUGCUGAGUACCGGAAGCUCUUCGACUUGGCUCUGCAGGGCCUGCAGCUUCUGUCGCAGUGGAGUGCUCAUGUCAUGGAAGUGUAUUCCUGGAAGCUUGUACAUCCAACAGACAAGUACUCCAACAAGGACUGCCCUGACAAUGCUGAGGAGUACGAGCGGGCCACGCGUUAUAACUACACCACUGAGGAGAAGUUUGCCCUGGUGGAGGUGAUCGCCAUGAUUAAAGGCCUGCAGGUGCUGAUGGGCAGGAUGGAGAGUGUGUUCAAUCAUGCUAUCAGGCACACCGUUUAUGCUGCACUUCAAGACUUCUCCCAGGUGACCCUCAGGGAACCGCUGAGACAGGCCAUCAAGAAGAAAAAGAAUGUCAUCCAGAGUGUCCUGCAGGCCAUCAGGAAGACUGUAUGUGACUGGGAGACUGGGCACGAACCCUUCAACGACCCAGCUCUGCGGGGCGAGAAGGACCCUAAGAGUGGCUUUGACAUCAAGGUGCCACGCCGUGCUGUGGGACCCUCCAGCACACAGCUUUACAUGGUGAGAACUAUGCUAGAGUCCCUCAUUGCAGACAAAAGUGGUUCCAAGAAAACCUUGAGAAGUAGCCUUGAGGGGCCCACCAUAUUGGACAUAGAAAAAUUUCAUCGAGAGUCAUUCUUCUACACUCACUUGAUAAAUUUCAGUGAAACACUGCAGCAGUGCUGUGACCUUUCACAGCUGUGGUUCCGAGAGUUCUUCCUGGAGCUGACCAUGGGCAGGAGGAUCCAGUUUCCCAUUGAGAUGUCUAUGCCCUGGAUUCUGACUGACCAUAUCCUGGAGACCAAGGAGGCAUCAAUGAUGGAGUACGUCCUCUACUCCCUGGACCUGUACAACGACAGUGCUCACUAUGCGCUCACCAGAUUCAACAAGCAGUUUCUCUAUGAUGAGAUCGAGGCAGAGGUGAAUCUAUGUUUUGAUCAAUUUGUUUACAAACUGGCAGAUCAGAUAUUUGCAUACUACAAGGUUAUGGCAGGAAGUUUGCUCCUUGACAAAAGAUUAAGGUCAGAAUGCAAAAAUCAGGGAGCCACGAUCCACCUCCCACCAUCUAACCGCUAUGAGACGCUGUUGAAGCAGAGGCACGUGCAGCUGCUUGGGAGAUCCAUUGACCUCAAUCGUCUGAUUACACAGCGUGUUUCAGCAGCCAUGUACAAAUCUCUAGAGCUGGCAAUUGGACGAUUUGAAAGUGAAGAUUUGACAUCAGUAGUCGAGCUAGAUGGGCUCUUGGAAAUCAACCGUAUGACACAUAAGCUGCUGAGCAGGUACCUCACGCUAGACAGCUUUGAUGCCAUGUUCCGGGAAGCUAACCACAAUGUGUCUGCUCCUUAUGGAAGAAUCACCCUUCAUGUCUUCUGGGAGCUAAACUAUGACUUCUUGCCCAACUACUGCUAUAACGGCUCCACCAACCGGUUUGUUCGGACAGUAUUGCCAUUUUCUCAGGAAUUUCAGAGAGACAAACAGCCUAAUGCACAGCCCCAGUAUUUGCAUGGAUCCAAGGCUUUGAACCUAGCCUACUCCAGCAUUUAUGGCAGCUACCGGAACUUUGUGGGGCCUCCUCACUUCCAAGUGAUCUGUCGGCUGCUUGGCUACCAGGGCAUUGCAGUGGUCAUGGAGGAGCUGCUGAAGGUUGUCAAGAGCCUGCUGCAAGGCACAAUCCUGCAGUAUGUGAAAACUCUGAUGGAAGUGAUGCCCAAGAUCUGCCGCCUUCCCCGACAUGAGUACGGCUCUCCUGGCAUCCUAGAGUUCUUCCACCACCAGCUGAAGGACAUUGUGGAGUACGCAGAGCUGAAAACAGUGUGCUUCCAGAACCUGCGGGAGGUGGGGAAUGCUGUCCUCUUCUGCCUGCUCAUCGAGCAAAGCCUGUCUUUGGAGGAAGUCUGUGACCUGUUGCAUGCAGCCCCUUUCCAGAACAUCUUGCCACGAGUCCAUGUAAAAGAGGGCGAGAGAGUUGAAGCCAAAAUGAAAAGACUAGAAUCCAAGUAUGCUCCGUUGCAUCUUGUUCCACUGAUUGAAAGGCUGGGGACCCCACAGCAAAUUGCAAUCGCAAGAGAGGGGGACUUGCUGACCAAGGAGCGGCUCUGCUGUGGUCUGUCCAUGUUUGAAGUCAUCCUGACACGGAUCCGGACCUUUCUGGAUGAUCCCAUCUGGCGUGGGCCUCUGCCCAGCAAUGGGGUCAUGCAUGUGGAUGAGUGUGUGGAGUUUCACAGACUAUGGAGUGCCAUGCAGUUUGUUUACUGCAUCCCUGUAGGGACACACGAGUUUACAGUGGAGCAGUGUUUUGGAGAUGGGCUGCACUGGGCUGGCUGCAUGAUCAUUGUGCUGCUUGGACAGCAGCGGCGUUUUGCAGUGUUGGAUUUCUGCUACCAUCUUCUCAAAGUUCAGAAACAUGAUGGCAAAGAUGAGAUUAUCAAAAAUGUGCCACUGAAGAAGAUGGUGGAGAGGAUCCGCAAGUUCCAGAUUCUCAAUGAUGAAAUCAUCACUAUCCUGGACAAGUACUUGAAAUCUGGCGAUGGGGAGAGCACACCUGUGGAACAUGUGCGGUGCUUCCAGCCGCCCAUCCACCAGUCCCUAGCCAGCAGCUAAGGGCCAAGCUCACAGCAUCCAGUAAUGAGGCAUGUUUGUGUUUACGUAAACUAUAUUAAAUCUUAGGGGCUAUUUUCCAUUAGGUCUGAACCUACUUGAGAGGGUGCUUUUUGAUCUGAAAGCUUAACUUUAUAAAACUUAUUUUUCUAUACUAAAAUUGUAUAUGCCUUUGGAAUUGCAAAGUCUGAAAGUAAUGGUUACUAGUUGUUGCCAUUAUGGUCUUAACAAAUAUUUUCAUGUUGAAUGUUCCAGUAGCUAGUUAUAAAAUGGAGAAUUCAUUCAUUAUUCCAUAAGAAGCAUCAUACCAACUAACUGUAUUAAAAUGAAAAUUUCCUAUCAAUUAAAUUUAACUAGCUUUGUUUAGGGAUUUUUUUUAAAUUACAGUUUAUUCUGUUUAGAGAUUUUUGAUGGUCUUUUAGGAAAUCUUUUCUAAGUCAUUGUUACCUUUUAUGCCAAGAUAGUGAAAUUGUUUCCUGUUUCCACUAAGUCUAAUAGUGACAAGUUUGAUUUGUAAGAAAGGACUUAAAAGAUUAGAGAAAUAAAAAUUAAUGCAACCUA